CUACUAUUUAUUUUCAUCCGACUACAAAAUUCUGUUUAUCCUAAGCUUACAAGUUUUACCAACCUUUUUCUAGCAUAGUGACAAAUAAGUGGAUACUAAUUUAAGAUGGAUGCAAGAGUUUUUGUAAAUGAAUUCAAUAUUCCUCCGCCCACGACUGAAACAUCUGAGGAUGUUAUGAGGUUUUUAAAAGACUUUGAAAUUGCUGCCAAGGGAAGGAAUAUUGAGAAUGAGGGAAGAAAUAUUGAAAAUGAGGUUAAUGUUCGUCUCCAAAAGCAACAGAUUCUGAAUGUAGCUUCCCAAUUCAGACAAAGAGAGCGUACUCUUGAGGAUACACCUCCAAGAUGGUUUCAGAUGUGGGUGAAUGAUGAAAAUGGAUUUUCAGGACUAUUUAACAGAAUAGGUCGAAUGGAAACCAGAAUGGAUCGAAUGGAGACGAAAAUGGAUCGGAUGGAAGCAAGAAUUGACAGAAUAGCAAACGUUCAACGAAGAUCCUUAGGGUUUCCUAUCGACGUCGUACCAUUUUUAAAUGGAGAGGAACCUACUGAAAAAUUACCUCAAAUUAGAUCAGUUGAAGAUAUCGAUCUGUUAACAAAAGAUCAGUGCACUUCUUAUUUAAACGGGUAUGGAAUAAGAUUUAACCCUAAUGAAACUAUUAAAUUGAAAGAAAGGCUCCGCGAUGUUGUCGGUUUAAUGAGUGCUUAUGAUUUAGCUUAUCAGUUUUCUGGAUUCCCUUAGGAUCUAUGAUUAUGAGUAUUGAAGAAUUACAUCCGUAGAAGUAUUGUUGUUUUGAGCAUACUGCUUUUGAAUGCCAAAUAUUUGCAUUUGUCGUGAGCCAAUGAUAUCGGUAUAUUCUGCACUUCACGAAGUUGAGCUAGUAGGAUUGCUCUGAAGCCCCAAUUAUUUACUCGUAGUCGUUCGCAGUGGUAAUGGUACAUAAUCCUUUUGUUGAUUUCUCAAAAGCAUGGGCGAUGUUGUGUUUCAGUUGAGCAUUUAAAUUUUAAUCCAAGG